AUGCAGUGGCUCUUCGAAGUUCUUUUCAUCAUUACGGCCUGCUCUGCAGGAGUGACAUGCACAAAGUGUGGUCAAACCACGUCAACCGGUGCAAGGAUCGUUGGAGGGCGGAACGCGUCUCCAGGCGAAUUUCCGUGGCAGGUAUCGAUUCAAAUGAAAAAUGAUGGCUUCCAUUUUUGCGGAGGAUCCAUCAUUGCACCAGAUGUUGUGGUUACGGCAGCGCAUUGCAUGCAGAGGCAAGCGGUCUCUUUUCAUUACUUCAAUGUAGCACAGGUCAAGGUUCACGAAAGCUAUGAACCAGUGGCGAAUGACAUAGCCCUCAUAAAACUCACUGAACCAUUUGACCUUGCCGCAUCCAACGGUUUCAUCGGUUCCGUGUGCCUACCGACCAAGAACUACGAGAUACGCGGCAACGUUGACGUCACAGGAUGGGGCAGUAUCUAUCCGGAAGGCGAUGCUUCACCUGUUCUGUUGGACGUUACGGUCCCGGUGCUGCCAGAUCUCAUGUGCUCAAUGGGUACCUUCGGUUCAUACGAGAAGGAAAGCAUGAUAUGCGCUGGAGUACCAACGCGAGAUUCAUGUCAGGGUGACUCGGGUGGACCCGCCGUACAGAGACAGAAUGGGUCUUUUGUGUUGGCUGGAAUCGUCUCGUACGGUUACUCGUGUGGCAUCUUUCCUGGGGUGUACACCAGAGUAGCCUCUUACGUUGACUGGAUAAAUAGGAACGUCGCUUUAUUAAAAUCUUCAUAG